GAUAUAACAGGGGCAGAGGGUGGUGGGGAGGGGGGGCUCUGUGCAGUUGUCUAGAGAGAGAGAGAGAGAGUGAGGGAGGAGAGUGAAAGAGGAGAGCAAGAGAGGAGCGCGAGCGAGAGUGUGUGCGUGUGUGUGAGGGAGAGAGAGAGAGAGAGAGAGAGCGCAGCUCGCCGGCCCAUUGAGGAAAGAUGGCUACAGUCACUGCAAACGGAGUGCAGCAAGAGAAUGGAUUCAGCACCACGAACAGCGCCGGCAGGAUGAACGGGCUCACCAUCGGCCAGAACACCAUUCCGAUGAAGGACCACGACGCCAUCAAGCUUUUCAUCGGGCAGAUUCCCAGAAACCUGGAGGAAAAAGACCUGAAACCCCUGUUUGAGGAAUUCGGAAAGAUAUACGAACUCACUGUACUGAAAGACAGAUUUACGGGAAUGCAUAAAGGAUGUGCCUUUCUAACAUACUGUGCCAGAGAGUCAGCACUGAAGGCCCAGAGCGCCCUCCAUGAACAGAAGACUCUGCCAGGGAUGAACCGACCCAUCCAGGUAAAGCCAGCCGACAGCGAAGGACGAGGAGAAGACAGGAAGCUGUUUGUCGGAAUGCUUGGCAAGCAGCAGGGUGAGGACGACGUCCGGCGGCUGUUUGAGACCUUCGGCCAGAUCGAGGAGUGCACCGUCCUGCGAGGGCCUGAUGGGGCCAGUAAGGGCUGCGCCUUCGUCAAGUUCUCCAGCCACGCAGAAGCGCAGGCCGCCAUCAACAGCCUGCACGGUGGACAGACUAUGCCUGGUGCCUCGUCCAGUCUGGUGGUCAAAUUUGCAGACACUGAUAAGGAAAGGACCCUGCGCAGGAUGCACCAGAUGGCAGGCCAGCUUGGCAUCUUCAGUCCCAUGACUAUCCAGUUUGGGGCCUAUGGCGCCUACUCUCAUGCUGUAAGUCUCAGCCCGGCGGGGGAGGAGACGCAGAUGAUGCAACAGCAAGCAGCCCUGAUGGCAGCAACACAAGGCUCCUACCUGAACCCCAUGGCAGCAAUUGCUGCUGCGCAAAUGCAACAAAUGGCAGCUUUCAAUGUCAACGGCCUGGUGGCUACUCCCAUGACACCGUCCUCAGGCACCAGCACACCCCCUGGCAUCUCUGCCACAGCUGUGCCAAGCAUAGCCACCCCUAUUGGGGUCAACGGAUUCAGCACUCUCCCUCCUCAGAGCAACGGGCAGCCCAACUCUGAGCCCAUCUACACCAAUGGUAUUCACCCUUACCCAGCACAGAGUCCAACAGUGGCCGACCCUCUCCAACAGGCUUACGCUGGCGUCCAACACUACGCAGCAGCCUACCCUGCCGCCUAUGCGCCAAUCAGCCAAGCGUUCCCCCAGCAACCAACCAUCAUUCCCCAGCAACAGAGGGAAGGGCCAGAGGGUUGCAACCUGUUUAUUUAUCACCUGCCGCAGGAGUUCGGGGAUGCAGAGCUCAUGCAAAUGUUCCUGCCUUUUGGUAACGUCAUCUCGGCCAAAGUCUUUGUGGACCGAGCGACCAAUCAGAGCAAAUGUUUCGGCUUUGUGAGUUUUGAUAACCCGUCCAGUGCUCAAGCCGCAAUCCAGGCCAUGAACGGCUUUCAGAUAGGCAUGAAGAGGCUGAAGGUGCAGCUAAAGCGGCCAAAGGAUGCCAACCGACCUUACUGACUCGUCUGCUGUCCGUACCCAGGAUGAAGGGCCACAACACCUUAUUUCCACAAGUGCAGUAAAAGUACAAAGACUUCUUGCUCUGCUACAUAUCAUGAAGGAAGGGUGGCCCCUUGAUCCAGCUGGAAACCUGCUGAAAGAUUGGGUGACUGAGAGAGGGAUCCCAGAGUUUGUGUUUUUUGUUUUUUUUUCUCCUUUUUUUUUCGCAAAUGCCUUCUUUUUUUUUGCUUUGCCGUUCGUGGAAGAAGAUAUUUUGCAGAGACCAACUUUUUGCUGCUGUUUUUUAGACAUGAUGGGGAAAAAAAAAAAAACUUUAUAGACUCAUUAUGCUCAAAGCAUGCAUACUGACACAAGAUAUAGGUAAACAUCCAUAAACACAGAUAACAAAACAACAAACACACACAUUUCAAAACUACAAAAAAAAGAAAAAGGAAAAAAAAAAAAAAAACUUUGUACAUGUAUAAAUACGUGCAAAUGCCAACUGGAGUACUGACCCAGACACAAACGCGUGUGCAUACACACACACAUACACACAAACACACACACCAGCCUGCUGCCAUUUUGGUUUUUGUGCCUACACAGGUGUUGUGCUCUGUGACAGGGCAAGCUCUGGAUCAAGAAGAAAAGGAGAAAAAGAAAAGAAGAGGAGGAGAGAGGAGGAGAAUCCAGGAUAAUUUACAUGCAUCAUUCCUUAGGAAAUAGGGACCAAAGGACUAAACGCUUUUUAAAAGAAUAUAAAUAUAUAAAUAUAUAAAUAUAUAUUUAAAAAAACUCAUACCGUGUAGCUGCAAGUAUUACAAUUUACUCGUAGUAAAAAAAAAAGAAA